CACGUCCGUUCCCCCCCCCCAAAAGUGCCUCACGAUGUUCUCUCGGAGGGGCCACGCCGAUGUCAAGAAGUCCACCCAGAAAGCGCUGGACCCGCGGAAGGACGUCCUGACGCGCCUCAAGCACCUCAGGGCGCUGAUGGAUGCUAUGGAGGGAAGUGAACUUAAACAGUUUUUUGAGAUUAACUAUUCUCAGAUUUAUUUUAUCUUCUAUGAAAAUUUCAUAACACUGGAAACUAGCUUGAAACAAAAAGGGAAUAAGUCACAAAGGGAGGAGCUGGACUCCAUUCUCUUUCUUUUUGAAAAAAUAUUACAACUACUUCCAGAAAGAAUUUUCUAUCGGUGGCAUUUCCACAGCAUAGGUUCAGUUUUGAAGAAACUUUUGCACACUGGAAACUGUGUUAAGACAAGAUGUGAAGGAAUCAGACUGUUUCUUCUCUGGUUACAAGCUCUUCAGACAAAUUGUGCAGAAGAGCAACUGUUAAUCUUUGCUUGCCUCGUUCCUGGUUUUCCUGCAGUGAUGUCUUCACAAGGUCCAUGUACACUCGAUACCCUCAUUAGCCCUCCUCCCAGUCACACUGAUGCAAAGAUUUAUCCUGAAGAAAUAACUCCACUUUUACCACAUGUUUCUGGAGAAAAAACUGCCGAGGACCCAACAUGCUAUUUCCUUCAGCUACUGUUAAAAUAUAUGGUAAUCCAGGCUGCGAGCUUGGAAUGGAAGAAUAAAGAGAACUGUGAUACUGGGUUUAAGUUUCUCUUUGCAUUGUUCAGAAAGUAUUACCUUCCUCAUUUAUUUCCCUCCUUUACAAAACUAACCAACGUAUACAAACCUGUGCUUGACAUUCCUGGCCUGCGACCCAAACCAGCGUAUGUUAGUGUAGCUUGUAAUAAUGAAAACAUUUAUAGCACAAAAAUACCAUACAUGAAUGCUCGUGUAGCCUUUAUUAAAUGGCUUGUAAACUUUUUUCUGGAAAAGAAGUACUUCACACCAACACAGAAUUCUAAAAAUGGAGGGGAUGUUUUACCCAGAAUCAUUCAAAGUGUGGGUGGUACAAUUCAAGAUAAAAAUUCUGAAGUGGAGAACAGUGUUGUAUUGGAUCAGGAGAAAAAUCAUUCAACUAAUGGCACGUUGACUGAGAGGAGGCUCAGUGAUUCCAGCUUUUGCAGUAUUGAAGAACAACACCGGGUCGUCUAUGAGAUGGUGCAACAGAUCCUUUUGUCUACACGAGGUUAUGUCAAUUUUGUCAAUGAAGUAUUUCGUCAGGCUUUUUUAUUGCCUUCAUCGGAGAUAUCGUCAACAGAAAAAGUAGUGAAGGUAUAUAGGAAGUGGAUACUACAAGAAAAGCCUGUGUUCAUGGAAGAGCCUGAUAUGAAGGAAACAGUUCGUGAUGAGGACGUCUUAGAUCAUCCAACAGCAGAAACAGAUGGCAAACAUCUUACAACUGGCCAUUCCGGACAUAAAAGGUCAUCUAGUUGGGGAAGAUCACAUUCCUUCUCUAAUGCGGUUAAUAGAGGGUGUAUAUUAGAAGAUGAAAACAAGAAUGUCAAAGCAGGUCUUCAAGCUACACUACAGGUAUUCUUGACAAACUCUGCAAACGUAUUUUUAUUGGAACCAUGUACUGAAAUACCUGCACUCCUGAAGGAGCAAGUUGAUGCAUGCAGAGCAGUUUUGAGUAUAUUUAGGCGCAUGAUUAUGGAUCUUCCAAUGAAUAAAAAGACAUGGGAGCAAAUGCUGCAGAUACUACUUAAGAUAACAGCAGUUGUCAUGAAUAGAUCAAAAGAGAACCAAGUAAAGGAUACAUUUGCUCAAAGUUUAGCAGGAUUAUUGUUUCGGACACUCAUUGUGGCUUGGGUUCGUGCUAAUCUGAGUGUUUACAUAUCUCGAGAGCUCUGGGAUGAGUUACUACGUGUGCUGUCAUCCCUUACGGAUUGGGAAGAACUAAUAACUGAGUGGACUAACAUAAUGGAUUCUCUUACAUCUGUUUUGGCAAGGACAGUGUAUGGCGUUGAAAUGACCAAUCUGCCACUGGAUAAGCUAAGUGAGCAAAAAGAGAAAAUACAACGAGGAAAAGGUGGCAAUUUGGAACCUCAGAAGGGAACUACUGUUGGAAGAUCAUUUUCUUUAAGCUGGAGAAAUCAGCCUGAAGUUGUGGAACCAAUGAGGUUUAGGAGUGCUACCACCUCAGGAGUACCAGGAGUUGAGAAAGCAAGGAAUACAGUGCGUCAGAGAGCAACAGAAGCUGAAGAAUAUCAACAGUCAGAAAAUGGAACAGGACUUGAAUAUCGCCAACCAGAAAAUAUAACAGGAGCAGAAUGUAAUGGCACAUUUUCAGACCAAGAACAAUUAACUCGAAGUAGUAGCACCUCGGAUAUUAGAGACCAAAGUAAUUCCGAUGUUUUCCAAGUUAGAAAAACAGAAAGCUCACAGAACUUAACUUUGGAUACUGAAUGUGUUCAAGGAACUGAGCAGUCCAUGAGCAAGGAAAGUACAGCCCAAGAAGCAAGCAACCCUCCAUCUCAAUUAGAUCUCAAAGCAGACAUGCAACAAUCACAUGGAAGUCCCAGAGACAGAGAACAGAGUGAAAGUGUUAGCAGUGAUACCUCCAUUGGAUACAAUAAUGAAGUAGAUAUCACAUUAGCUCCUUGGCAAACAUGUGAAGAAAACCCUGAUGUCAAUAUCCCAGCUGAUAUUUGUGUUGAUCCUGAUGCAUGCCAGUGGUUGCAUCUGAGUCCUUCAGGUGUCACAAAUUUAACAGACAGCAGUGAGUUUCUUGCUGAUGAUUGCAGUAUAAUUGCUGGUGGGAAUCUUAUAGGCUGGCAUCCUGAUUCUGCUGCUGUGUUAUGGCGAAGAAUAUUGGGAAUUCUUGGAGAUGUGAACAGUAUCCAGUGUCCUAAAAUACAUGCCAGGAUUUUUGAGUAUCUCUUUGCGCUAUGGUACAAAUUAGCAAAGAUAAGGGACAAUCUUGCUAUCAGUCUGGAUAACCAGUCCACUCCCUCUCCUCCUACUUUAAUUCCUCCACUCAGAAUAUUUGCAUCGUGGUUGUUCAAGGCUACCACCUUAUCAGAUGAAUAUAAGGAAGGGAAGCUUCAAGCCUACAAACUGAUAUGUGCUAUGAUGGCUAGACGCCAAGAUUUUGUGCCAAAUCCUGACUACCUGGUGCACUUUUAUCUUGUCAUGCAUAUUGGAUUAACUAGUAAAGAUCAGGAUGUUUUAAAUACUGUGAUCAGACACUGUCCCCCCUGCUUUUUCUUCUUGGGUUUACCUGGCUUCACUUUGCUAAUAGGAGACUUCAUAACAGCUGCAUCCAGAGUCCUGAGUACAAACAUAUUGGAGGCCCCACGCUUAGAAGCACAUACCAUUCUUGGUUCUCUGGUUUGCUUUCCUAACCUCUAUCAAGAAAUUCCAUUAUUGCAACCCACUGCUGAAGCAGAAAUUAUCACAGGAACUACAGGUGUCAAAUGCUACCUCAUAAAUAUUCUUUUGAAGAAUGCUGCAAAUGAGCCAAGUGAAGCUUCAAGGUGUUUAGCUCUUUGCUGCCUUGGGCUUUGGAUAUGUGAAGAACUGGUGCAAUGUACAAACCAUACCCAAGUAAAGGAUGCAAUAAAUGUUUUAGGUGUGACACUAAAGUUUUGCAACAAACAGGUAGCACAGGAAGCCUGUGAUGUCUUUCAAUUACUGACCUCCUAUUGGGAAAAACUUGAGAAAUACGAAUCUUCGCUACCCAGAAAAAUUAUUGAAAUCCUUGUGGCCACAAUUGCAUUUCUGUUGCCUAGUGCAGAAUACUCCUCCGUGGAAGGUGAUAAAAAGUUUAUAGUUUCGUUAUUACUUUGUUUGUUGGACUGGUGCAUGACAUUACCCGUGAAAAUGCUGCUGGAGCCUGUGUUUACCUCAAGUCUUGAAGAUCCACAUUCUUCUAAAGCUCCAUUGCUUGAUUACAUAUAUAGGGUCCUGCAUAGUUGUGUUCAUGGCUCAAACACAUAUACACAGCAAAGUCAUUACCUUUUAAGCCUUGCAGACCUCUCUAGUGAUAUCUAUGAUCCAUUUUUGCCACUUGGAAAUGUUAGGAAUUCCGAACCCGUGCAGUUUCAGUCUUCUACGGAUCUGAGCAACUUACUCACUGUUGCUGAAGAAAGGAGAAGAAGGAGUUUGGAAUUAAUACCUUUGACUGCACGAAUGAUAAUGGCACAUCUAGUAAACAAUUUGGGCCAUUAUCCCCUAAAUGGAGGACCUGCUGUUCUGCACAGCCUUAUUAGUGAGAAUCACAACAACUCAUAUGUGGACUCUUCAGAACUGUCUUCUGAAGUUUUCAGAAGCCCAAAUUUACAACUGUUUGUAUUUAAUGACAAUACUCUUAUAUCUUAUCUUCAAAUUCCUUCUGAAAAGGAGAUAGACAAUGAACCAGCAGCAGCAUUCUCUAAAGUAAGAGUAAUUGUUAGAGAUAUCUCAGGGAAGUAUUCAUGGGAUGGAAGGCUGAUGCAUGGACCAUUAGCUGGUAGUCUACCAAAUCAAAAUAAAAGAAUAUCCACUGCAGUUUUGGACAAUCAUAAGCAGAACUUUGAGCCUCCAAUGGACUUCAUUCAGAUAUAUGAAGGAGAAGAUGCUCUUGAUAAAUUGCUAGAGAGAAUUGGCAAUAGUAGCCCUGAGUGCCUUUUACAUCCACAACUAAAAUUGAAUGAGCCAUCGCCAUCGCCAUAUGUCAUGAACCAUGACCAAGAGAAAAAUAUAUUAGAAGCAAUAAUGCAGCAGAGUUGCAUAGAAAAUGAGUAUGCACAUGGAUGCAGUUUCAAUCUCAGUAUGAAAGUUGAAAGUCAAAAGGCACCAAGACCUGCACAGCUCCAAGCACCAUUUCAUUUAUGUAGGCUCUUGCUAAAUGACUUGGGAAUGAAUUCUUGGGAUAAAAGAAAAAGCUUUCAUCUACUGAAGAAAAAUUCUAAAUUGUUGAGAGAGCUGAAAAACUUGGACUCAAGGCAAUGCCGUGAAACUCACAAGAUUGCAGUAUUUUACAUUGCUGAAGGACAGGAAGAUAAAUGUUCAAUAUUGUCCAAUUCAAAAGGAAGCCAAGCAUAUGAAGAGUUUGUUGCUGGUCUUGGCUGGGAGGUUGAUCUUUCAACUCACUGUGGAUUUAUGGGGGGCCUUCAGCGUAAUGGCAGCACAGGCCAAACUGCACCAUAUUAUGCUACAUCUACUGCAGAAGUUAUUUUCCAUGUGUCUACACGAAUGCCCUCUGAUUCAGAUGACUCACUGACCAAAAAGCUUCGUCACUUGGGAAAUGAUGAGGUUCAUAUUGUGUGGUCUGAGCACACCAGAAAUUAUCGCAGGGGUAUUAUACCAACAGAUUUUGGAGAUGCUUUAAUUAUUAUUUAUCCAAUGAAGAAUCACAUGUUUUUCAUAGAGAUCACAAAGAAACCAGAGGUACCAUUUUUUGGUCCUUUGUUUGAUGGGGCAAUUGUGACUGCAAAACUGCUGCCAAAUCUUAUCCGGGCCUCGUGCAUCAAUGCCAGCAGAGCUGUGAAGUCCCUUAAAACUCUGUAUCAGAGCUUUUAUGAGGAAAGAGCUUUGUAUCUUGAAGCAAUAAUCCACAACCACAAAGAAGCAAUGACAUUUGAGGAUUUUGCUGCUCAGGUCUUCUCUCCCUCUCCCAGUUACUCCCUUAGUGGAUGUGGCUGUCUCACUACAAGUCUGAGUGCUGAUCUUGCCGCAUCUGUAGGGACAGAACCAACAGAGCAGAUGCCACCAACACUGUCAAGUGCCACAAAAAACAAGCUCUCUGGGAAGCUGCGCCGAUCUGCGAGCACUCUCAGCAAAUCUUCAAGUUAAAGCACUUUCAAAGCUGAAAACAAUGCAAGGAGACAUAUACUUUAAGUCUCCUUUCAUUAACUAUAUUCCGAACUGGUAAUAUUUGGAUACCGCCUAAUGAACUACAUUUUGAUAUAAAAUUAUGAUUCCUGAAGUUUCAAACUUAACAUGUUCAUGUGGAUCAUCUGAAUUAUGCAACAUGCUUUUCACUUGUUAAUUUCUGCCACUGGAAACAAUGAAGUCAAGAGCUCUUUUGGCAAGUUUACCAUUUAACUGUAACCCUAUUUUCUUGUUUUACUAGUAGAGAUUGCAGAACUGAAAACCAAUGAAUUUCUUGGUUGUGUUAUUUAAAUUGCAUUAUAAUUUGAAAUUUAGUAGGUGGAAUUUUAUUUUUAGUUUGCUGAUGAAAUGCCAAGUGAUGGGGAGAUGGGAGCAUGAUUUACUAAUUCUCUUCUUUUGAAAUCAAUGGAACUUUGCAAAGAACUCCACUUUGGUUGAAUUGUGCCCAAAAUAUGGAUGGAUGAUUCUGCUUUUCAAUAUAUCUUCAGACACACUAUUUCUUUCCCACUAUUUAUUUCCAAAGACCAUUCUUCUGUGCAUAACUAAGUACACUUCAACAAUAACUGUUCUGAGUAACUGUUAUAAGAUAAACACUGGUAGUAAAAAUAAAAAAAACAGAAAUAAUGUU